GUCAUUUAACAUAAUACUCAGUUAGAAGAUGGCUGCUUUGCUGGUCACUUGCAAGAGAAAUCUCUAAGAAGCAUAUUGCUAUUAUCGAACCAGAAUUGUAUUCCUAUUUAAAUCUAGUAAAGAAUCAUCCCACCAUUAUUUCCAUAUUUCUUAAUCACAGCCCUUGUUGCUUCCCAUUUCGGCCUGGGCGCCAUCAGAUCUGAGCAAUGUCAAAAAUAAAUACAUUCUGUACAGACUUCCAUGAUAGCAAUAAGAGGAGGCUGUCCUGCGAAGGACAAUAUUUUCUUGCAUCAGCCCAGCUGCUUGAAUUCAAUAAACUUAAAACCAGAAGAAUAGCUUGUUUGGGUAAUAGCACAAAUGUUAUCUUGCUUCUUUAUUAUUUCCCAACAGAAAAGAAGCUGGAUCACUGAGGAUGAUUUUUACCUUCCUUCCCCUCCUGAGGAAACAGAAAAAAGCCUCUCCAGUUCUCCCAGCACCUCACUAGAGAGGCUUACCAGUUACCAACCUGCCAUGCCAUUGAGAGUCCCAGAUCAAGGCGAGCUCUCUGUCUCCUCAGCAGAGCUCAGCAAACCCAAACUGUCUCCUAGCAGGGAGCUGAAGGGCUUUAGUGUUAUUCAUCGGAGACAAAUAGGUCUUUCCAAUCCAUUUCGGGGUCUGCUGAAGUUGGGGACCUUGGAACGUCGAGGAGCUAUGGGCACCUGGAAAGAGGUUUUCUGUGAGCUCUCACCUCUAGAGUUGCGGCUAUUUGUAGACUGUGAGAAGCGAGCAUGUGUAGGAAACUGUUCUCUGCUGAGAUGUGAGUCCUUAGGACGGGCUCACAGUGAUGGGCACUUUGAGCUGGUCUUUUCCAACAAACGAUUGUAUCUUCGGGCUUCCUCUCGGGAUGAAGCAGAGGACUGGAUGGACCGGCUGCACGAGGCCCUGAAAAAGUAUAGGCUACAGCAAGAUGAAGGGUGGGCAACUCUAGAGUACCCUGAGGCUGCAGAGGAUUCUGAGGAUUUCUUUGGAGGUGGACCACCUGGUGACUUGCCUUCCUUCUCGGUGUAUAGUAGAACUGGCCCAACUGAGUUGGACUGGUCAUGUGCCUUGAAACCCGAGUUAGAUGCAGUCAAGGAAUCAGUCCUGUACUUGGAAGUUGAAAAAACAUGGGUCCCUUUGGUAUUCUCCUUGUCCUUAGAAGCCUUGAAAUGCUUCAAAGCCAGAAAUGAUAAAAAGAUACUGAACAACAGCUUUGGAAUUGAGACCAUCCAGGAUAUCCUGCCAGAUGUGAGCCUAGGUGGACCUGCAUUCUUCAAGAUCAUCACUUCAAAAGCAGUGCUGAAGCUGAGAGCUGAGAACGCAGAGGAGGCAACUGAUUGGCGAGACCUGGUCCACCGAGUGCUCAUGUCCUACCUGGAAAUGGCUGAGGAGGCCCUCACACUUGGAGGCAAUCUGGAUGGCAAUUCACAGGCAAUCCUGAAGAAUACUGUUAAGGAAAAUGGAUACUUGCUGCAGUAUCUGGUUGCCAUCCCCAUGGAGAAAAGCCUGGACUGCCAAAGUUUCAUAUGUGCAGGCUGCUUCAGGGAGGUGAUUGGUUUCUUCUUUAUGAAGCCUAAACUGUGUUCAUUCACUGGCCUCUAUUACUGUGACAAUUGCCACCAAGAUGAAGAGUCUGUGAUACCUUCACGUCUAAUUCAUAACUGGAAUCUUUCCAGAUAUCCAAUUUGUUGCCAGGCUCUGAAAUUCCUAGCCAAAAUUCAAAAUCAACCCUUGAUUGACCUGAAGCUGGUGAAUGAAACCCUCUAUGACCAUGUAGAGCAAAUGAAGCAGAUCUAUCAGAAUCGUGAGCAGCUGAAGCUCCUGGGUGAUUACCUUGUCCUUUGUCGCAGUGGCGCCCUGAAGGAGAUCAGUAAGAGGCUUGACCACCGGCACUAUCUCCUGGAGUGUCCCCAUAAAUACAGUGUGGCUGACCUGAGGCAAAUAGCAGACGGUAUAUUUGAAACUUUUCUUCAAUCGCUGAUCCAAUUUGCCUCCCACCAUGUGUACAGCUGUGAUCUAUGUACUCAGAGGGGCUUCAUCUGCCAAAUAUGCAACAAGAAUGAUAUCAUCUUUCCCUUUGAAUUUGAUACAACCAGCAGGUGUAGUGAGUGCAAGACUGUCUUCCACAAUAGUUGUCAGGCAAAUGUCAGUUUCUGCCCUCGUUGUGUCCGUCGACAGAAAUAUCACCAGCAACUGCAAGAAUUCCUUUGGAAAUGAUCUCAACUGUGCCAGUCCUUUUUGGAAGAUUUUGGAAUUGGAUAAGAGUCUGGAAUUCUCCAGAAGGCAAUUGGAAAACAGAAGCUUAGGAGCAAUGGAAAAACACUGCCAGCUGCACACUUUCUGUCUGGAUUAUAGUCCUACAACAACCAGUGCACCUUGCCAUCAACUCUGGGAAAGGAACUCACAGAGAUACUUCCUUGAAUUCACCCAUUAUUCCUGCCUUCCCAAGCAAAUCCAUCCUUAUCCUGACAUUUGGUGAAUACUGGAUAUUAAAGGUAUACGUAGCAAGAUCUCCCAAGAAGACUGAUUUUAGUGGACGUUUCUUGAAUUAAAUAGCUGGAGAAAAGGGAAUGUUAUUUUACUUUUAAGAAAUGCAAUUUCCAGAAGAUUUCUUGUGCCUUCUACACUUUACAGACUGCUCUUAAAAUGUCUUGUGCCAAAAUAGCUGCUGAAUUCUUUAGGAAGGCAUGCCAUCCUUGGU